AUGACAAUGCGGGACAUUGCCGUAUCUAAUAAUAGUAGCAUUGCCAAGAAUGAAGGCAUAACCAACAACGAAGUAUCCAAACAAGUUGGAGAAAUGUGGCAUCGUGAGCCUAUGGAAGAAAAAUUGAGGUUCCAACGUAUGGCCGAUGAUGCUAAAAUGGAACACAUGAAAAAAUACCCAGAAUACAAAUACCGUCCUCGUAGACCUCAUGAAAAAAGGCCUUCAAUUGAUACAGUUAGCACGACAGAAACUUGCUUCGACUAUUUCGGUGCUGACGAAUCAAGACGUGGUUCAAUCAUAUCACUAAACGAUUUUGAUUAUGCCAUGGAUUAUUAG